GUCUCUUAGCAACAGCUGGAAGCGUUGUUGACAACCAGGGCAGCAGUGGCUAAGGACUGAGCCCCAGGACUCACCGCUGGCACCAUGACAGAGGUGGAGGAAACAUUAAAGAGGAUUCAGAGUCAUAAAGGAGUCAUUGGAACAAUGGUUGUAAAUGCAGAAGGCAUUCCAAUCCGAACAACCUUAGACAACUCAACAACAGUUCAAUAUGCAGGCCUUCUUCAUCAACUGACAAUGAAAGCCAGGAGUACUGUUCGUGAUAUUGAUCCUCAGAACGACCUCACUUUUCUUAGGAUCAGAUCAAAGAAACAUGAAAUCAUGGUAGCUCCAGAUAAGGAAUACCUCCUGAUUGUCAUUCAGAAUCCAUGUGAAUAAUGCUGCUGUGGUCACAUCUGCUCUGUAAUUCUGGAUUAAAUAUACUUCGAUGUCUAGUUAGUACUAGAAUUAUAUUCCACUUUAACUUUCUGACUAUUAUUUUCUAUUCUUACAUAUAUAUAUCUAUAUGUCUUAUUUUACUCUCUUUUGAAUAUACUGUAAAUUUGUAAUUUGAAUAUAAAAUAAACUAUAGUAUGUUUCUCUCUCUCUUUUUUCCCUCCUAAGGCAAUGCCCAGUUCUGGCUUAUGGCAGCAUUAGAAACUAAACAUGAGACCUUAGAGCUUAAGGCAUUAAAAAAGCAUUUUGAAUAAUCACUAUGAUACCUCCUCAUCUCCCCUUUGUCUCAUUUUUAAUACCCAAAAAGAAUGAUCCUAAGUCCAUACUCCCAGAGGGAUAAAGAAGAGAGAAAGCUAUCAAGGGAGGAGAUUGGAUAUGGAGUUCUGGGGGUGGGCGUUGUGUAGAAAUGUACCCCUUUUAUCCUAUGGUCUUGUAAUAGUUCCAUCUUACAAAUAAAAAAUUUUUUAAA